CACGCUUCAACACAACCGGCCACAACAAGCACGUGGAAAAAUGGAAAUGCAAAGCGAGUUCAAAGGAAGAAAAGGCCUGAAGAUGAAUCAGUGGAGUGAAGAGCGAAUGAAAGCUGCAAUAGAGGAGUAUAAAGCGCAGGCUGAUUCGGGGCAGAGGCCUGCGCUACGAUUGCUGGCAAGGAAGUGGAACGUGCCAAAAACUACCCUUCAGAGACGCGUGAAAGGACUCGUGGAGGGAUCCGAGCACGCGUCUGGAAGAAAACCAUUCAUCCCCGUUGAAUCUGAGCGGGAGCUAGCGCGCCUUCUCACCUUGCUUUCAGAGAGAGGCUUCUCUUUGAGGAAGACUGAUGUUCAGUCUCUCGCUUUCGAGUUCGCCAAGAUAAACGGCAUCCGAGGGUUUUCAGAAGAGAAGCAAAAGGCAGGCUAUUACUGGUUCGAGGGCUUCAUGAAGCGAAACCCCGGGCUGAAAAUAAAGAAACCGGAGGCCAUGUCGCCAGCUACGAAAAUGAAUGAAGAAGAGCUGGAAAAAUGGUUUGCGAUGUAUGAAAACACGCUUGGUGCCUUGGGGAUUAAAGACGUCCCUUCGCAUAUUUGGAAGUGUGACGUAUCAGGACUACAAGACAAGUGCUCCUCUCAACUAUCUGGCGAGAAAGAAGAUCCCUGCGAAACCGAAGAAGAAACGGCCUCGACUGUACUAGCAGCGUUCAAUGCCAGUGGCGGAUUUGCUCCUCCGCUGAUCAUUUUCAAGGGAAUUAAUGGGAGAAGGGAGUGGAUGGGUGAGUCUCUGUGCGUGAGAGCGUCGGAUAAUGGCUGGAUAACAGCAGAGCUGUUCACUGAGUGGGGGGAAAUGUUUGUGGCGCGGCUCCCAAAAGACGACUCCAGGCCCCACCUCCUGCUCCUCGAGGGCCAAAGCAGCCACGUCUUCAACCUCACCCUCCUCCGCGUCUUGAAGCAGAACCGCGUGGAAGUCGUGUGCUUUCCUGCGCCGCAGCCGGCCAACGCGCCUCUGUUUGAGAGCCUCAAACGCCACUGGUGUGAAGCGAGCCGCAAGUGGAAUAGGCGGUGCGCAGGAAAGCAGCCGCCCAAAGCACGCGAUUGUUCAGUUUUCACGGAAGCUUGGAAGAAGUCUGCGAAAGCGGAAAUGGCCAAAGAGGCGUUCAGAACAACGGGGGCGUUCCCGAUGAACAAGUUUAUCGUUGAUGGCGGCGCACAUUGCAGCACCGAUAACCGCUCUAAAGAAGAGCCAUCUUUUACAGACUUUGUGGUCAUACAGAAAAGCCAAAGGGGUGUAAAGACACCCAGAGCAAAGAGUGUGCCAUAUUUACAAAGAAACUCAGAGCACCUUAUUUACGACGGACGUUUAAAGCAGAGAAACGAACUGAAUGAAACAGCCAGCUCCUACAAGUGCAGAGGCUGCUUCAUAAACCACGGUCAGACGGGGAUCUGAAAGCUGCCGAAGCGUGGGUCAGAUGCAGCAACUGUAAGGCCUGCUACCAUGAGUCCUGCGCAGGAGAGGAUGGGAUUUACGAAUGGGUUUAUGAUGGAGAUGGUCAUAAUUGACCAACGGAAGGGUGAAAAGACAGCAUCGUUUCUGAACGUCGAAAGAAAAUUCACACACAAUUUCUGAAAAAAAAGCCUUUUAGUCAGUUACGGUCUGGUUGUUUUGAUAUAAAAUGUGUGUUAAAAUAAAAACGGUGUUAAAGUAAAA